AUGAAGAUGAUGAUCGAGGAGGGCGAACUGGACACUGUCGUCGUGAAUGCUGAGAACAUCACCCUGCGACUCCGAAGAAGUGCCUUGCCAGAGCUUGCUCGGUCGACUCCAUCAGAAUCACACGAGGCGCCUCUCGAAUUGGAGGGUGCGACGAGUGGACCGCAGAUCGGCUCCACCAGCCCAGCAGAGCGAGCGGCGGAGCCAGGAGCGGAGCCAGGAGCGGAGCGAGCGAGUGCAAGGCCCAAGGUUCGGUUUUGCCCAACUGUGUCGGUGGAGCCGAUCUCUGCGCGAUCCUCUCGUGUGGUGAGCCUUUCAGCCGCAGCGGCUGAAUGCUUGGUGGCUUCCGGCGACGUCUCGCAGCACGCACUUACGGAGGUGUCUAUCACGGAGAAUUGCUCUGGACGGGACCAGAAGUUCGAGGACUUAGACAACGAGCUUUCAAAGUAUCGUGAAGGCAGCGGUGUGGCUUCACGUUUGGCAUUUACGCUGGCUUUGGGUCCACCUCGGCAGAAGAAAUCUUGA